AGUCAGGUCGAAGUCAAUGGCUCAAUAAUUUUGGCGCGCUGUUGUUGAAGUUCUGAAGCGAAACGGUAGCGGUGUCAAGCAGACUUUUGUUGCUCGUUUGUUCGCUAUUCAUUCUAAUGGCCCAGGACAAGGAAGUAGGUCCCUGCUUCCUAUGGACGGCCUAUGAUCCAUGUGUUCAAGAUGCCGUUAUUGAAUUCGUUAAAACAGAAGCAGGACCUAAUGAAGUGCAUGUUUUGAGGACAGAGUCGCUUUCCGACGACCUAAAAACCUGUACACUCUUUGGAUUCUUCGUCAACGCUCUUCGAAAACGCAAACUGUUUCCUAAUUGGCGUACGACCGUGCUGACCAUACCGGAACACUACCAGGCUCUACACUUAUGCACAGCUCGUGUAAAGCAGCGGUCAGGCAAGUUUGAAGCCCUCGCAAGCGAGGUGAUGUACGCAGACAUCCUCUACAAAAAGCACCUCGCCAUCCAAGAUACGCCCGUGGAAUCAGAGUAUGUGCAAGAGUACCUCGACUUUCUAUCGCACAGCAACACGUUGAACAACUGGCAAGUCUUGAAAGUGUUCAGGGGCGCCAUCGAGGAGGACAGCAUGUUUGCAGCGCAAGUUGCCAAGUCAGUUUACUUAGUGCACGGGCCUAUCACGACGCCUUUUACAAAAGAAUGUAUCGAGCUGCUCUUUCAAGGCAGGAAGCCGAGACGUAUUGUCACAGAGGCGCCGCUCGAUAUGAGUGUCAACGAAGACUACGACAUCAAAGAUGUUAGCGUCCGGGCGGACGUUUCCGUUGUGCCCGAGCCUGACGCUUCCACAGUGGAGAAGUUGGACUCAAACACCGCCGAAUAUACUGUGCGCAUCGUGAACGCCUUCCUUCGCAUCCUUGUGAAUAGCCGCGACGAACUGGCGCUUGCAACAGCCAUGGCGUCGCCCGUCAUUCAGCUGCCACACGACGCAUUCACGGAACUGAAACGUCUCUCACUUGAGAGAAAAUCGCCAAUGUGUCAGACGGCGGUCUCCUAUGUGAUGCGAGCAAGGCUGGGAGGUGAUAGCUACGCGGCUCCUGAGAACUGCCCUCUUAAACCUUACGUUUGCAAGCUGGCUGCAUUCGUUGACGUCUUGCACAAGCUACAAACCGCGGUCGAAGAAGACCCCACACUGGUUGCCAUCGCCAAUGUCGUGGGCACCAUCGCGCGUCGCAUAAGAGCAGCAAGUGGACACGGGCUCGUCUGGGAGACUGUGGUUCGUUGCAAGGCUGAGCUGGUGCAGCUAGCUCGUAGGUUUCAUGAAGAACAAGACGCAGAAAAUCUGGAUGAUGCUAAUGAUGCAACACUGGGCAUUGAUACACUGCGUAUCCUGCGACGCCUUUCUGACUUCCUGUCUACACGACGCACCACCUGCAGUCCAGUGACGGUGAUCUACAACCUCGAAGCGAACAGUACACCACUAAAUAUACCACACCUGCUAGAAUAUUUCAAAACACCAGAGUCUAAGAUCGAGGAUGAUGGAUAUGAUGUACCCCUGACCAAGCGCCUCUCAGAGAAGUGUGAACGUGAAGGAACACCACAAUUAAUAGCGGUACUUCAUGCUGUUUCAGACCAAAAGGAGAAGAACGGCAUUUGCAAACUGCCAGACAAGGACACUUCAGUCACGUCAGCUCACAGGGAAGAACCAAGCGUGGCGCAAAUGAAAGCCAGGAGCAAGGAGCCCUCAUCACGGGCAAAGCCUUCUGUUCCCAAAAAAGCUGCUAAGCGCAAUAUACUCGGUGACAUAAAUAGUAUAAACAAAAAACAAAGGGCCUCGAGUAAGCUUGUCUGCAAGGAUCAAGCAAGGAUAACAUCAUUUUUCACUAAGGCAUAGUUAAUCAACAGUAAAGCAUUGUUUCGUAAAUUGUGCACAUUCAGAUAAUAGUACGGUUGUAAGGCCAGUACAGUAGCCCACUAUCACAUCUUUUUAUUGUGUAUUGCCAUUGCUUGGUCAAGGUUAUAUGAUUACAAAUAAAGAGUAACGUCAUGACAUCUUGUAUUUCAGAGCAUGUUUUAUCAUUUUAAAUCUUGAUACUUUGCAUCACAGUAUACAAAGUAUACACUGCCGAAAUUUGUGUCAACAAUUUGCUAGGAUGGCAAGAAUGAUAGUUCUGUCACUUAUUCAGUGCACCAUAAAUUUGUACUUCACAGAGCACACAGUUUGAUGUACCUUUAGCAUAUAAAAGAAACAAUACCUUUUUUGUAAGUGUGCUUAUGUCAUUCAUUUCACAGCUCUAGCGCUGCAUAAUGAUUGCAAUGUAUAUUAAACUGACCUAGUCUGCAGCUUGAUUUGCAAUACUGUCAGUGUAUUGCACAAAAUAUCUUCGUAAAGGAUUAUGCUAUCCUUUCUCAUAUCUAAAGGACACUAAAGAGAAAAGA